AGAAGCAUCGCGGUUUUGAAACAGAACGAACAGUGCGGCGGCGCGUGCGCUCCGUGUCCUCCUGCACUUUCUCUCCGGACCUGCGAGGCUCGAGCGACCCAUGACAACUUUCAUUUGACUACACCUUGAUUUUUUUUUUAAUUUUUGAUUUUUUAAGUUUCACCCAUUUGUCAUUACUAUAUUAUAAUUGUUGUUGUUUUCAUUUCAUCUUUUGCUCCACUGCCGUCGUUUUUGCUACUGGAGCUCGCGCACUCCUCGCCUAAACGGAAUACCUCGAGCUUCUUUUUGCGCGAGCGCGCUCCUCUCUCUCUCUCUCCCUCUCGCGCGCGCUCUCUCUCUAUCUCUCUCCGAGUGUGUGUGAGAGUGUGUGUGCGGGUGCUCUGGUUUUGCUCUCGCUCUUUUUUUUGGAAUUGGUACCCCGCUCUUGGCCGUCUUCUUCUCCCCAGCGCUGAAGUGAUCGGAGGAGCGGAUUAUUAACUUGAUGUGUGUUGCACGGAUCUCCGGCGCGGGCGCGCGGCUCGCUUCUCUUUAAGGGAUCAUGUACCUGUCCUCUUCCUCUCAGCUCACUAGAGGCCCGACGGAGAGAGUUGCCCACUCAGCUUUACUUUGACCUUAUUUUAUUAGUAGUAUUAUUAUUUUUAAAAUUUAUUAUUUCCCCCUGUUGCUGAAUUAUAAACUGACGCGCCUGUGCUCUUGUCGCCUCUCGGAGCUUUGGAUCAGUGCACGAGGCGCAGCCGCUGUUCUUUCUGGACUAACACCGACACCGGGAUGCUCUACCCGUAGCAGGCUCUCCGGGGUUUGGUUUGUGUAUUUACUCUCGCACCUGGAGUCAGGAUAUCAGGAGCUGGGAUUGUCGGCAACACUCCUCAGGGGCGUUUCUUUUAUUGUUGUUAUUUUUAUUUUUUGUAUUGUUUUCCCACAUUUCUGUCGCGUGAAACGGAUUUAGAGGUCAUGGGGGAGUCUCUGUGGACGUACUACUUUGGGGUGUUGGUACUCGCGUGCAAGGUGAACGCCACCGUACUCGAGUCCAUCUACUGGAACACGACCAACACCAAGUUUGUUCAAGGCCAGGGUUUAGUCCUGUAUCCUCAGAUCGGUGAUAAAAUGGACAUUGUGUGUCCAAGAGUAGAGGGCGGCUCCAUGGACGGAGUCGAGUACUACAAACUCUACAUGGUUCCUCGCGAGCAGCUGGACUCGUGCACAGUGACCAAGGCCGACACACCGCUGCUGAACUGCGUGAAACCUGACCAGGACGUCAAAUUCACUCUGAAGUUCCAGGAGUUCAGUCCUAACCUUUGGGGCUUGGAGUUCUUCAGAGGAAAAGACUACUACAUCAUCUCAACAUCGAAUGGCACGAUGGAGGGCCUGGAGAACCAGGAAGGAGGAGUAUGUAAAACGAAGUCCAUGAAAAUCGUCAUGAAGGUUGGACAAAACCCAUCAGACCCUCUUCCUCCUAAAGAGUACCCCACCAAACACCCGCCCAAAUACUCCGAAACGGGCAAGGACAAAUCCAACGAAGUGCUUGACAAAACAGGUUCGUUUCAUCAGGAUGGCGAGACAGUUGAAGGGGGCAACGGAGGUAAAUCGUCAUCGGUGAUCGGUUCCGAGGUGGCUCUGUUCGCCGGCGUGGCCUCGGCCUGCGUGAUCGCCGUGGCCGUCGUGGUUAUGCUGGUAGUGCUGCUGCUCAAACACCGGCGACGCCACGGCAAGCACUCACCCCCUCACACCACCACGCUGUCGCUCGGCUCGCUGGCCACGCCCAAAAGAGGCGGUGGCAACAACAACGGCUCCGAGCCCAGCGACAUCAUCAUCCCCCUGAGGACGGCCGACAGUGUCUUCUGCCCGCACUACGAGAAAGUGAGCGGCGAUUACGGCCACCCCGUCUACAUUGUGCAGGAGAUGCCUCCUCAGAGCCCUGCUAACAUCUACUACAAGGUGUGAAAGACUGAGGACUUAACUUUGAACUUUGACCCUGUUGCCCCCUCAAUGAAUCAGCCCCUCCCCAUAGGGGGCGGGUGACGAAGCUCGCUCUGCGCCUCUUCUCGUGGCUGUCGUAAAAAAAAAAAAUUGUUUUUUUAUUUUCCAGAUAUUCCUUAUUAUUCUUCAGUGUAGAGUUUUUAAGCGGUGGAGUGAGGCUGCUGCUUUCAAUCGUGCCCCCUCACGAUUAGUAACAAAAAAGAAACACGUGCACUAAAUGAUGUGUGUUUGUGAGGCAAGGGGUUGUGUUUAAAAGCAGUGAGGGGACUCUCCUUACGAGGAGAUGGACAAAAUAAGAGCGACAGAAUGAAGUGACUCAAGUUAAAAAAAAAAAAAAAUCAAGGAAACCCUGACUGCAAACUGGUGCCUGUCAUGGGGAAACUCCUCGGUUCAUUGGUCAGAUACAGGAAGUGGACUUUGAGGAAACAGGACUCAUCAUCGGGAUGUGCUAUCGGACCUUAACGCGGACAUCACCUGUUUCACUCGCCUUCUUGGUCACCGUUUUUUUUCCCCUUUUCUCGAUCGUUUCCACUCUCCCUUCAUCUCCUUCUUUUUAUCUCCUGCAAAGUGACUCUCACAAUCGUUACUUGAAGGCUUUGCGUAUGGUCACGUGUCUUACUCGCAUUUCUCUUCGUCAUUCCCAGUACGGCUCACGUGCAGAUUCGUUUGAUAGUUUUAGGUAUUGUCAUAGAGAUCCUGUUGUGCUGGUUAAUUCGUGCUGUUUGUACGUUGUGUGGGACACACACACACACACACACACACACACAUACAGAGAUACACACAGACACACACUGACAUUGCACACAUUUCACUCAUGUAAGUUUGAAGCCAAGGGCUAGAGAGAGGGGAGAAAGAAAAAAAAAAGGUUAUUAGAAGGUAGGGGGAAGAAAGAACACUUUAGCAGCACUUUUGACAAAAAAAAGAAACAAACCUGGCCCAUCUCUCACAUACACACACACACACACACACGAGAGUGAGUGAAACGGUGGCAUCGACAGCAAUCGUCAAGCCGUUAUUAUCACGCUCACAAGUAUUUUUCACAAAACCAUUUCUGAUGAACUGGUGCUGACAUACUCAUGCAAAAGCACAGGGUCAUCUGACGCAUUGCUAUUAGCAUAAUUAUUAUUAUUAUUAUUAUUAUUUACGUUUUUUUUUAAAAAUGAAAACAGAAGACUUAAUUAACAUUUUGUUAUGUUGCUGAUUUUGUUUAGUUGUACAUUAAAACGGAAGAGAUGAGAUUAAAAAAAAAUAAGAAGUAGAACUUAUUUAUGAUACACAGAGCACACAAAUGGCCAGGCAGAUAUUAAUAACUUAGCAAGCAGGCACAUUAUGCAAACUUUUCCCAUUAAAAAAACAAACAAACAAUACAUUUAUCACCCCAUUCACUCUGAAUUUGUAAUCAAUCCAAAACACAACACAAAUAGUUGCCUUUUUGAACCACAUAUACUACACAUAUUGACACAUACAGCCAGGAAAUAGGGGCAGCUUGGGAAAGAAAACUCGAGAGAAAAAACAGCAUGUUGGGUUUAAAAUAGCUAAAAGGAAUGAGAAGGAAGGGCCAAAAAAGAGUCUGGAGGAAAGGCGAGUCUGGCAGAAUCUUGCUUAGCGAGGAUAAACUAAACCGGCUCCUCUAGCUUGGCUGUCUUGUUUGAUGAAGCUCAGAGAGCAUUGGGUUGAAAUUAGGCCUCUCAAGUGGGAAGGAGGGCAGUGGACAUGAGUUACCAAGCCAGCCAGGCGGGAAUUAGCUCAGGCUAAAAUUGUAAAUCAUAAAAAAAAGGGGGGCAACUUUCGUGCUACUCCCUAGGCAAAGAAAAUGUUGACAUUAAACACAAAGAGAGCUGCUGGCAAGCGAGGAAGUAGCUGCACCCAUGGGACCGACCGGGUAGAUUCCCACAACAUCCUCGUCCCUCGGCUCUCACGCAAAAAACAAAAACAAAAAAACCCUCUGGUCAGCGUAACGGUGCGUGUGGUUGUACAUGUGAACUUUUCUAUUGAACUAUUCGUGUAUUUCCCUCAUUAACACUUCACACAUUCGAUAAGGUUCGCCCUCUCCCCCUCCCCCUGGUGGACUUUUGAGAUUUUUUAUUUCUAUAACUCGAACGUAAGCAGAAAUUUGGCUGUGGGUCGCCAUGGUCGCGUAUUAAUUGUUCAUAUUUUUCAUUUCCAUCUGUUUCAUGGAGAUCGUCGAAUCUCGCCAAGAAGCCAAGCCUUGUGGGAUCUGAGGUUUGUGCCUCUGUAAGAGGCCACAAAAUAAGCAAAUAUGCAAUUUUUAUUUAUUUUUGUAACAAUUGAGAGACAAAAUGAAAUGCUUACACCUAUGGAAAAGUGUUCUUAUCCACUGAAAUGAGUGAAAUUAAACAAAAACAAUACAACCUAAACGAAACAACACAAUCCUGUUGUGUUUCCUUUUUUUCUCAAACAGUAUUCUUUUUUAUAAAGCAGAUUUCUUUCAGUGAUUUUUUUUUAACUGUGUGCAGUAGAUAUGAGAUAAACUGUGAAAACACAUUCACAAAAAAAUUCAGCUUUGAAGCUCAUAUUACAGAAACACACACCCACGCCAGUGUUUGGUUGCUGUCUGAUAUGGAACUUAAAAAAAAGAAAGAAAAAAGACGACAAUCUUCUUAGUUUCUUUGAAUCUGAAGGCUACGCUCUUUACUAAGCAACUCAAAAACAUUCUUCCGCGAGUGUAACGAGAGGAACCAGAGUCGCCCAGCUGUGCCACCCUCGGAAGCUCGGAUGUUUGUGAAAUGCAAAGUGAAGCGUCUUCAGGCUACUGUAAAAUGCCUUGCUCGUUUCGUCAUCCCGGGUUCAGAUGACUAAUUCUUUGCACCCUACACCUGUAGGUAAGAAAGCUGUAAAUAAAUUCAUGUUUGUAUUGUAAAUGAAUCCCUGGUUCAAAUGAUAGCCUUAUUCCCAUGUUUUUUUUUUUUUUGUUUUUUUUUUAUAAAAUUAAAAAAGACAUGGGGUUAAAAAUGACAGAGAAAAACUACAUUUUUUUUUCGGUAAAUAGAUCGUGUAAAUAUCAAGACCCAACAUAACAUUUUUUUAUAAACGCAUAGUAAGAUGUUUUGUAUAAAACUGGAAUUUUUUGCUAUGUAUUUUAGCUAGCGCUCGUCUCAAGUCCUCUCGCCCUUUCCCUAACACCCUGGCCCUUUUGCACUGUUUCCAUGGUAAAUUGGUUUUAUUAAAAAAAAAAAAAAAAUACUAAUAAUAAAA